GAGACGAGAUGUACGGAAUCGUUCAUCCGGGACAUUAUCGGACUUGCACGAGUAAAAUGGCGACAGUUCUUAUUGCAUGUUUUCUUCGCGGUUGAUACUUGAUGAACGGAACUCAUCAUGAAAGUCGACCGCAGCAAGCUCAAGAAGAGCUCUUCAGAAGUGCCCAGUGACUGCAAGGCCCUCAUUGAGAAGCUGAAGUCAUGCGCCGAUCUCAGCGCCGAGCUUGCGCACAUCAACACAUGGAAUCACGGCAAGUGUGAACUGUUCCACUGGGUGGAUGUCCUGGACCGGUUUGAUUCGGUCCUGGAGGACGGCUGCCGGACCACGCCCGACUGCCCUUGGCACCUGGCGCUGGACCUGCCCGGUCACGCCCCGCUCAAGCAGCUGGUCCACAGCGUCCUGAACUUCACCGCGCUGCUCAUCGAGCACAGCUUCUCCAGGCACCUCUACAAUUCCAUCGAACAUCUGACAACGUUGCUGUCAUCCUCAGACCUCAACACCGUUCUCGCUGUACUCAACCUGGUCUACGUGUUCAGCAAGCGGUCCAACUUCCUUAUCAAGCUUGCGGCAGAGAAGCGCCAGGAACUUUUCAGUCGGCUGACGUACCUAGCGGAGAGUUGGGGCGGUAAAGACAACGGAUUUGGCCUGGCAGAGUGCUGUCAGAAUGGACCCAAACCGAGGGUGCCGACCAGUGCAACAACGCUUCAUUUUGAGUUCUAUUCGGAAUUGGUCACCCCAGAAGACAGACCGGCCAAAAAACACACACCUCAUGCUGUGACGGUGAUACACUUGGAGAAUGUAGAUAGAAUUGCCGCCAGCCCGGCCGAAAUCAUGGAGGAUUUGAUGAAAAAUUACAAUGUACCCAAGGAAAAACAGAUGCUGCUGUUCACGCAUAUACGACUGGCUCACUGCUUUGCUACUCACGACAAGCGCAUGCAGUGUGUUCAAGCUAGACUGCAGGCGCUGUCUGUCCUAGUUUACUCAAGUGCAAUCCAAGAGGUCUCCAAUUCCUUGCUGUAUUCCGGCCUGGUGGAGGAGUUGGUAGAUGUUCUGGAGCUGGAUGACCUCAGGCUCGUCGAUAUCAAGGCAGCCUCACUACGUACGUUGACAUCAAUCAUUCACCUAGACCGAAACCCCAAAUUGGUAAACAUCAUUGAUGCAACAGGAGCUUCGUCCUACCAUGGGUUCCUGCCGGUGUUGGUCAGGAGGUGCAUACAAGCGAUGAUAGAUCCCACCAUGGAGGCAUUCCCCCACGCCCUGGCCACAGCACUCUUCUCAUUCCUGUACCAUCUAGCGAGCUACGAAACAGGGGGAGAAGCAUUGGUCUCCUGCGGAAUGAUGGAGUCGCUGCUGAAAGUCAUCAAAUGGCCCGGGGAGGACGAACAAAUCCACACCACGUUUGUGACGAGGGCCGUCAGGGUGGUGGACUUGAUCACCAAUCUAGACAUGGCUGCCUUCCAGACACACCAAGGACUCUCCACGUUCAUCAACAGAUUGGAGCACGAAGUAGCCAUCUGUCGGAAGCAGGCCCCAUUUGUCCUGCGGCCCAGCAUCAGCGGCGACCACGAUGGCUCCUACUCCCCGGCUCACUACGCGGAGGACUCAAUGGAGCUGGACUCGGUGGACGGAGGAGGGGGCGGAGUCAGUGGGAGCAAGGAGGAGGGGGCUGGAGGCAGCGGCCCCAAGGACAAGAAGAGAAAAACUGACGGUGCACAGUGCUUUCCCCAGAGGGCGGCGCUGCUCAAGUCCAUGCUGAACUUCCUGAAGAAGGCCAUCCCAGAUCCAGCGUUCUCCGACAGCAUCAGGCACGUGAUGGACGGUACCCUGCCUAGUUCCCUGAAGCACAUCAUCAGCAAUGCCGAGUAUUACGGUCCCUCGCUGUUUCUCUUAGCCUGUGAGUUGGUGACAGUGUACGUGUUCCAAGAACCCUCUCUCCUCUCCUCGCUGCAAGACACCGGUCUGACUGACGUCAUGCUCCAUGCACUCCUGAUCAAGGAUGUUCCAGCCACCAAGGAGGUCCUGGGCUCCCUUCCCAACAUCUUCAGUGCUCUCUGCCUCAACGCCCGGGGGCUGAACGCCUUCGUCCAGUGCAAGCCGUUCGACAAGCUCUUCAAGGUGCUGCUGUCGCCAACCUACCUGCCAGCCAUGAAGAGACGGCGCAGCAACGAUGCCCUGGGUGACACCGCAUCGUCCCUGGGCAGUGCAAUGGACGAGCUCAUGCGACACCAGCCCUUGCUGAAGGCAGACGCGAUGAAGGCCAUCAUCAAGUUGCUGGAGGAGAUCUGUGUGCUGGGCCGCGAUCCCAAGUACACCUGCAGUCGCACCCCAUCCAAGACCAAGGUGCAGGAAGGGGGAGGCGGCGCCGGCAACGGUGCCCCGUCCGGCAACCUGGACGGCGACGCAGGCAACGACACAUCCAGCGACGACGAGGAGGACGAGGACGAGAUCGCCAGCACCAUGAGCCAGACCAGCGCGCUCAAGACGGAAGCCGAGAUGCAGCCAUCCUUAGGCCCAGAAGUCAAGACACCUAUUCCACUGCUUGACUACAUCCUGAAUGUGAUGAAAUUCGUGGAGGCCAUCCUCAGCAACAACGCCACGGACGACCACUGCAGGGAGUUUGUCAACCAGAAGGGUCUGGUCCCGCUGAUGGGCAUCCUAGGCCUGCCCAACAUGCCGAUCGACUUCCCCUCCAACCCAGCCUGCCAGGCCGUGGCUGGAGUCUGCAAGUCGGUCCUUUCCCUUGCCCACGAGACGUCGGUCCUGAAGCAAGGCCUCCUGUACCUCAACGAUGUGCUACAGUCCCUUGAGCCCCUCCACCACCCCCUGGGCGCCCCGGGGGGCUCCGUGCUCCUCAGGGAGCUGGUCAACACGCCUAACAUCUCUGAGGCCCCCCAGUCGGCACAGGCCACGCCCCUGCUGCAUGCCAUGGCCUCUGCCCACGCCUACGUCACCAUGUUCGUACACGUGUGCAGGGUGGGUCAGAGUGAUGUACGUACCAUAUCAGUGAACCAGUGGGGUUCAGACCUGGGCCAGUCCGUCCUGCGUGGCCUGAGCAAGCUCUACACCUCCCUGGUCUGGGAGAGCAUUGUGCUCUUGGCUCUCUUCACCCCCGGGGCUCUGCCGGAGGGCUGCGACCUAGGCAAGGCCGAGAAGGAGAAACUCCUGCCCAAGGAGAUUCAGGUGCUAGUGGAUGAUGCCUCCAAGCCCAGCCGGAAGUCUGAGGACUCCAAGUCUGAGGACUCCAAGACCGAGGACCCCAAGUCUGAGGACCCUGAAGGUGCUCCAAGGACUGGGGAGCUGGACGCAGGUAUAGCCGGAAGCUCCCUAAUGGAUGUUAGUGACAUGGCCCUGUCCCCGAUGGAAGUGGAGGACUCUACCAAGCCUGAGGGAAAGGACAGCCGGGGAGCAGGGACCAAGCCCAAGAUGAGCCAGCAGAUGCUUCGGCAACUGCGUCAGGCCAUGCCGGUCCUCUACGCCCCCUCCCGCCUGGGCAAGGCACUGUCGGAGCUCUUUGGCCUACUGGUCAAGCUGUGUGUGGGCUCGGCCGGGCGGCAGCGCAGCCGCCAACAGCUGCAGCCCAACGUGAACUCGCCAUCUGAGGCGGCCAGGAAUACGGCCAAGGCCCUGACCGACCUGCUGGCCAGCAGUUUGUCUUGGACACCCCCACCUGCUUGCCCACUGCCAAAAUUCAGGCUUACCUUCUACAUCUGUGCCGUCAGCUUUGCCUCCUCCAUGCUCUUUGAUGAGAAGAAGAACCCCUACCAUCUCAUGCUGCAGAAAUUCAUGACGUCCGGUGCUCACACUGCCGUCUUUGAGGCAUUUAACUGGGCCCUGUCCAUGGGCGGAAAGGUCCCCACAUCGGAAGGUUUGGAACACGCUGAACUUCCUGAGGGCACCGGAGAAUUCCUGGACGUUUGGCUGGUGCUCAUCGAGAAGCUGGUGAACCCUGAGGCGGUGCUGGAUUCGCCCCACUCUCUCCCGGCCCGGGCCUCGCCGGGCAGGGCGGCCCACGCCCCCUUCAGCCCUGCCCAGUUCCUGAUCAGCACGCACAAGGCAGCCUUUGGGGCCGUGGCCAGCCUGUGGGAGCGCCGGCCCCUCAAGGUGUACGGUGGCCGCAUGUCGGAGUCGUUGCUGGCCAUCCUGUGCCACAUCCUGCGCGGUGAGGCUGUGGUCCGGGAGCGGCUGGAGAAGGAGAAGGCGGACGAGGCGGCUGCCGCAGCAGUUGCGGCGGCGGGCGAGGCCGCUAGCGGAUCGUCAGCCGGCGGCUCGUCGGUCUCUGGCGGCGGACCGUCCUCUUCCUCCUCGGCCCUGGUCAGCUCCAGGCUACUGGGGGACUCUGGUCUCUUUGAUGCAUCCGGGUUGCUCGGCAGAAGUCGGCCGCGAGCUGAGCCGAAUGAAGAACAUGUACAGCAGCUCAUCGACAUGGGUUUCUCCCGUGACCAUGCAAGGGAAGCCCUGCAGCACACAACGUCACUGGAGCAGGCAGCAGAAUGGGCCCUGACCCACCCACCAUCAAUAACUGCAGGUUUUGGCACAGGUCUCUCUGAGGAGGAGGAAAUGAUGCGAGCGAUCGCCAUGUCGCUGGGAGAGUCAAUCCAGAUGCCUUCAGACCAGGAGGAGGAGGAGAGGAAGAAGAAGGAGGAAGACGAGAGAGCCAAGAAGGAGCAGGAGGCGGCCAAGGAGAAGGAACGGCUGGCCAGCGACCGCAUCCCGGAGGAGCCCCCCUUGGACAAGAGCCUCUUGGAUGAGUUUGUCAAUAACAUGCUACCGGGCUGCUUCAAGCUGCUGGACGAGCUACCGGAUACCGUUUACAGAAUAUGUGACUUGUUGGUAGUGGCCAACAAUCGCGAUGGCGAGCCAUGGAGAAAGCGCAUGCUCAAGUCCCUGGUCAUUGAGAUUGCAGAGAACAGCAAGUUGCUCCUGGAGACGGCGUGUCCGGCUCCCCAGCACCUCUUUGGCAUGGGCUCAUCCGUGGAUGGAGCUUGGGCCACCGACCGUGCCACUAAACUGGCCACCAGUCCGCCAGCAGCUAAACUGGCACCCAGGCUACACUUGCUCUGCCUUCUCUUCGAGGAAAUGAAGGGUGUAUCAGCUCAAGCCGUGGACGAGUCUGGCGUUCUCCGGGUCCUCGUUUCGCUUCUCGAGGAGUCACAGAAGUGCAUGUGCAGCGUCAAGGAAUGUGCAACACCAAAGUGGUUAGGCCCCCUGUUGUUACUGAUCGACCAGUUUGAGAAGGCUGCUGUAACUGCACGCAGGAAACUAGCUCAAAAAGGUGCCACCCACAUCUGGAAGUGGUUUGAUGACUCGACGGGCCGCUGGUGCACCUACAGCAGCGCCAAUAACAAGACGAUAGACGACGCCUACUGGGCGGGGAAACCCAUCGUCCGCUUCACAGCAGCGAGGAGGAGAUACAUGGUACACUUCAGCACCAUGGUCCAGCUGAACGAGGAGACUUUUAACCGACGGCCCGUCAUGCAGACGCUGCCCAGCAAAGAGCAGGCCAAGGACACCGACAGAGACGGCAAGGAGGACAAGCGACGAGACUCGGCCAAGAAACUCAAGACCAGUCGACCCACAGAAGGGGUUGGUUCUGCGUCCGUCAGCACCGAGGACAAACCAGCCACCGCCAGGGAGCCGGAGGUCGUCGCCAUCCAGGGCUUGGACAUGGACCACAUCAUCACCAUCAUCAGAUCAUGCGUUGGCCUGAUCAGCCUCCCCGUGGAGCCGGACACACUUCACGCCGUCAUGCGCGUCUGCCUGCGCUUCACGCGCAACCACCAGGUGGCGCUUCUCUUUGCCGAGCUGGGCGGGCCCCGCAUGCUGCUGUCGCUCAAGACAUCGUCUUCAUUUAACGGCUUCUCCUACCUUGCCACCAUUCUCAUCCGCCACGUGUUUGAGGAGAGAGCCGUGCUUCGCCAUGCCAUGGACAAAUUGAUGACGAGCAUCGGCAACCGUGGCAUCGGCUGUCCGGUCUGUGGUGUGCUGCAGGGCAGCAUCGGGUCCAGGGAGCUCCACUACGUCCUGAGGAAGCUGGGCCCGCUGGCCUGCCGGGACGAGGGGGUGUUUGACGAGACGGCCCGGUCCAUCCUGAGGAUCGCCCUGCCAGUGCCCAAGCGAGGUGAUGAGGAUGAGUCUCGCUACACUGGCCCCAACGCACUCCAGCUGCUCAAGGCUCUACCCAUGAAACCCUACACUCAUCCAGCUAUGACUGACCUGAUGAAGCAGGUGCUGUGUGACCUGCUGAACGCCUUGACCGCCCCGAGCGAACCCUCCCCUCCACCGACGGCAGCAGCAACAGAAGCUUCGAGCCAAGGCGGCACCAAUGACAAGAAGGCCUCCUCUGCCGCGGCUGCUACAGUCAACCCGCCGGCGGAGAUCGGCCUGGGGCUACGGGAGAUCGGUGACGAGCUCCUGCAGUUCUACAGCGGUGGGCGGAAUCUCCAGGGCAACCGCAUCACCACACAGCGCCUGGACAGUGGCACGGACGCGGCCAAUGCAGACGAGGAGCACGGGGCAGUCCUGGCCUACAUCCUGGACCACCUGCUGCCCCAGUGCCAGACGGCCGGGGACAAGGACUGCCCGGCCCUGGCCCAGGUGCUGUUGGCCAGCAUCGCCUCCAGCAACCACAGCCCCGAGGCACAGUCCAUCCUGGUGACGGAGACCAAGGCCGCCCUGGCCCGGGCCCUGGCCCUGCCGGAGAGCUCGGAGAAGCAUGUCCGUGUCCAGUCGCUCACGUUGCUGAUCAGCGUCAUGAUCGAGGCUUGCCCGCCCCCGGGCUCGGCCCAGCAGCAGCAGCAAGGAGGGGGCUACGGCAGCAAGCACCACCCAAGUGCCAUGAACAACAUGAUUCGCCUGCUGCUGCGCAAGGGGCUGGCGGUGGACCUUGCCCGCGUCCCCCACAGCCUGGAUCUGUCCAGCCCCAACAUGGCUGCCACCGUCAACUCGGCGCUUAAGCCCCUGGAGACGCUGUCACGUGUGGUCAACCAGCCCAGCCCUGGGGUGGGCACCGGCCUGGGGAAGGCGGUCCUCAAGCCGCGGGCUGGAAUCGGGCGCAGUUCGGCUCUGGAGGAUGUCGGGCACUCCCGCAGUGUCACCGGCAACUCACUGCAAAGUGGGAACAGUCUGGCCGCAAUGGGCGAGCUGCGAGGUGGGGUCUCCCGUGGGAACACAGGACUUCUUAGCCAAAACCUUCAGGAUGUCAUCAACAACACUCCGACAUCACAGGCCACUGCUGCCAUGGAGAGUCGCACAGAGCUCGACGACAUCAUGGACGAGCUGUUAGAGAGGGGUCGGGAGCCGACAUCCAUCUUGGGAGAGACCCUGAUAGCGACUGGUCCCGAGAGGCUGGGGUCCUUGGGCUCUGGGUUCCUUGACCAAGCGGGUGAUGCCUCUCAAGAUGAGAUGGUGAUCACCAUGACGGACGAAGGCGAGGAGAUGGACCACGCCAUGGAGGAUGCAGAGAUGAAUAAUCACCAUAGCAACGAAGAAGAAACGGCUGACAUUGACGGGGAUGGGGACAGCGUCCAUGACGGAGAUUCAGCAGCCGAAAGCGAUUCUGAUGAUGAUAGUGAAGAUCAAAGGGAUGAGGAAGAGUGUGACGAGGACUGCGUGGAAUGCGAGGAAGAAGACGAAGAGGAGGAGGAGGAGGAAGAGGAGGAAGAUGAAGAGGAACACGAAGGCUCGGACAUGGACAUGGAGUACGAUUAUUACGACGACCUGGAGGAAUCCUACUUUGGCGUGGCAGAUCGCGACGAGGACCUCUUCAUACAACUCGAGGAUGUAUUCCCGGGUGAAUCCUACCACCACGGAUCAAUACUAGGAGUGCCCGCGUCCAUCCGCACGUACCAGCUGCCCGUAGCAGUCCAUGAUGAUAAUGCAAAUGGUCCCAGCAUCCCGGCCGCACCAAGUGCCGUGACCACCCACCACCCUCUCCUCAUCCGCCACGCCGAUCACACCAACCUGACUCAUGGCUUUGGCAGCAGCAGUGCGGCGGCUGCGGCGGGGGGUGCCCGCAGCCACCGUCCCAGGGGCCAGCGGGGUCACCGGCACGGCCAGAACCCCACCCAGACCGUCCACAUCUACCACUCGGGCAACGCCCGGCCCCCAAGCGUGCCCACCAUUCUCAGGCUUCUCGGUCUGUCGUCGGCCGCCGACAUCGUCCAGCUGACCUCGGGCGGCGCCAGCACCACCUCCUCCAGUAGCCAGACCCGCAUCUACCUAGCCGACUCGGCCGACGACCCCAUGAUGCUGGGGGGCCGGGGAGGGGGCGGGGCCGGCGGCUAUGAGGGCUUGUAUGAGGACCUGUACCAGGACAACCUGAACGAGGGCUACUUGGCUGGCUCGGACCCAGUCUCCAGCGUGCCCACCACCUACCAGCGCUGGGACGAAGAGGCCAGGCUGCUAGAUGGAGCCAGCAUGCAUGACUGUGUACAGGCCCUGAAACCAGACCUCAUCGAGCUCCUGGAGAAGCACAGGGACGAGGAGCUCGCCGAGCGCCGGGAGAAGCGGCGCAAGCAGGCGGAGGAAGAGGCAGCCAAGAAGGCCCAGGAGGAGACAGAGCAGGCCCCCAAGAAGAGGGAUGCCAAGAAGUUCCUGGAGGAGCUGUGCAAGGAGGAGGAGGACGAAGAGGAUGAGGCAGGAGACAAGACUGCGGCGGAGGGCAACAAGGAGAAAGAAGAGAAGAUGGAGGUGACAGAGGGCGAGUCACAAAGUGAAGCAACAACCUCCAGCAUGCCUGAUGCCUCUGGUAGCCCAACACCGGCCGAUCUGACAGCCGGCAUCAACGAAUUGGCUUCAUCCAUAGCGGCUGCAGCCGUGGGCCUGCGUACAUCGUCACUGGUACCCGGCAGCCAGGCCGCGUCGCUGACCGCCUCCGGGGCACCCAGCUUGCUUUCCCCUGAUUCCUCAUCGUUUGUCUCCACAGCGACCACAAUGGUUCCAGCGAUCAGUUCCAUGGAGAGUCUCCCAGUCGUGCCCUUGGCUACCACAGACCGGUCAACUGGCGAGGUGGUGACUUGCUCCGUCCCCAUCACCACCACUGACCCCCAGCUGGUCACGGUGGUGGCUUCUACUGCCACGCCCCCACUGUCGGUCAUGUCCAUGCCUUCCAGCCAAGACCCGUCCACCGCAGCGAGUGCCGGCAUCAGCAGCAGCAGCAGCAGCAGCAACAGCGGCAUUGCCCAGGGUGCAGCGGUCGUGUCAACGUCAUCGUCAAGCUUUGCCCGGGCCUCCACCAUCCUGGCUUCAGAGCCCACGUUUGCCUCCCUGCUGGCCCAGGACUACCCCGUGCCGGGGGCCAGCCCCAGCGUGCCAGCCACCACAGCAGGUUCAUCUGUUUCCAGUCAGCCUCCAGCCUCCUCUACCUCCACCUUGGCAGUCACGGAGCAAACCAGCAGUCAAGGUGCCGACACUCCACCCUCUGACCCGUCCGGGAGCAGCGACGCCCUUGGUGAUAUCAAGCUACCCGAGGGAGUGGACCCGUCUUUCUUAGCCGCCCUCCCGGAGAGCAUCCGGCAGGAGGUCCUGAGAGAGCACCUGGGCAUCCGUCACUCCCAGCCUCCCGCCUCCUUUGCCUCUUCCUCUUCGGCGGGCGCUGGCACCUCUGGCAGCACCCUGACCGUGCCCACCAGCUCGAGCGCUGCUUCAGCAGCCGCUGCUGCGACGACAACGCUAGAUCCUAACAGCUCCAUCAGCCAGGUCAAUCCGGAGUUCCUGGCAGCCUUGCCUCUCCACAUACAAGAGGAGGUCCUCGCCCAAGAGAGGGCGGAGCAGCAACGCCUGCUGGCCAGCCAGCAGUCGGCCACAGCCGCCGCUGCAGCUGCCUCGGAGCCCGUGGAUCCGGCCGCCUUCAUCCAGAACCUGCCCCCCGGCCUGCGCCAGACGGUGCUGGCCGACAUGGACGACUCGGUGCUGGCCCUGCUGCCCCAGGAGCUGGCGGCCGAGGCCCAGGCCCUGCGCAUCGAUCGGGUGCUACGCCACCGCCAGCUGAUGCAGGAGCGGCUGCUGAGGGAGACGGGUAUGCUGGGUGCUAUCCUCCAGAGUUCAGGCCUGUCCAGUCGGCUCGGGCAGGGGGGCAUUUACCGUCUGUCGGUUCCGCGGUCUACCAGCGGUUACUCCUGGAGCUGGGGCAGCGGCUCACGGGGUCUGAGCACGGCCCGCAGCGGCUCGGCCAACACCACCACCACAGCCAGCGGUGGCCUGGCGCAGUUCCAGGGACGGCAGCUGGUGGACCUUGAGGCCCUGACCUGCCUUCUGGUGCUGCUCUUUGUCAAUGAGCCCAAGCUGAACACAGCCCGGCUGCACCGUGUACUGCGCAACCUCAGCUACCAUCCCUCUACCCGCCAGUGGAUCCUGCAGGCCCUGCUCGGCAUCCUGGAGAGGACCAGCGGCUCACCUGUCAAGGGCACCCCGAUGCUCCAGGAGAGCCGGGUCACCGUUGGCGGGAGCGUGCCAGGCGGCAGCGAUGUGGAUACGGGUUCCCGGGGGGACGGCAGGAUCAAUCAGCACCAACAGCAGCAGCCGUCGUGGCUUUCCAUCAGCAUGGACGCUGCCUUGGGCUGCCGGGCCAGCGUCUUCCAAGUCCAGCGGGGCAGCAGCAAGAAGACCAGUGACCGCCAGGGAGCCCUGGUCUGCAUCCACCCCCAGGCUGCGCCCCUCGUCUGCCGGCACGUCCUCGAAACUCUGGUCUCACUGGCCAAGGUGUUCCCCCACCAGUUUGUCCCCCAGAGACCCAAGGACCUGCAAAAGAGUGCAUCAGAGAGCGGCAGUGGUAGCAGUAUCAAACUAGGGGAUACGGCGACCCCCUUGUCACAGUCAGAUAGCCUGACUUCAAAUCUGAGCCAGACAUCUACCUCCGGCGGCAAAGCUGGCUCUUCUUCCUCCUCUUCCCGGCUAGAGGCGGAGUUCUGGGACCUCCUGGUGCGGCUGGACAACACCUCGCUGGGGCGCAAGGGGAAGAUGACCAGCAAGUCGUCCGGCUCGGCCCUGGACAAGGACGGCAAGCGCGGAGCAGACACGGCCCACUCGCCCAUGGCCGUACUGAUGGGCAUGUUGGCCCACCCCGUCGUACGCCGCAGCACAGCGCUGACGGACAAGAUGCUGCACCUGCUGUCGUUGGUGUCGGCGUCCUUACCCGAGACGGAUAAAAGGGACAAGAUUGAUCAGUCAACAAUCAAGAGCAUUGCCAGACUGAGCAGGCAAACAGCCGAACCAGCUCAGCCCUGCACGCCGGCCCAGUCGAGGCAUGAUUCGGUCAGCGAUGGCACGGUUACACCCUCGAUCACCGACUCCGCCUCUGGGGAGCGACAGCAGGCACCGUCCACGACGAGCAGUGCCGGAAGCCCCAUGGACACCGCAUCCAUCACGGAUGUAAGCGACACUCAGGAAUUGGAAGCAGACAAGCGGGAAGAGAAACAGGCUGCCGAGGCUGCCGAGAAGACCAUCAUAGAGGAACGGCUACUCAAGCUGGCUGUCGAUGUUCUGACGGCUCACAGCUGCUCCGAGGAUGGCCUGGAGGACGCCACCACGUUACUCAUGCAGCUGUCGCGGGGCCACGGCUUCACCAGACAGACGGUGCUAGCCCUGCUGCUGGAGGGAGCCAAAGAGAUCGGCUACGCACUCUGCAGCGACAUUAAAAAGCUCUUGGCAGAGGUGCAUCAGUACCAGGAAACGUCAGAGCUGAACAGCGAAGACGAAGCGUCCACUUCUGCCGGUGCAUCGUCAGGCCACGCGGCAGCGGGGACCCUGCGCGACCGCUUCAACCCAAGCACCAGCGUGGUAGUGAGCGCCGCCACUCGGCGGCCGGGCAACGCCAAGCGCAGCGGCUUUGAGCUGCGGCUGCCCUCUAUGGCACUCUUCACAGCCAAGAUGUCCAACCAGAACCUCUUCCUGCGCAUGCUGAAGGUGGUGGUGCAGCUGAAGGAGGCGGCCAAGAAGGCCGCCAGGAAAGCCUCCGCCCUCAGCAAAAGCUUGAGUGGGACAGCCAGUCAUCUGGCUGCUGCCGUUGCAGCGUUGGAGGCCAACGCCAGCGAACACAUGGAAGCCAUGAACCGUAGAGGGCAGGCUGCUGUCAGGACAUCGCAGGACGCAAUCGUCACUACAUCGCCCGUCACUGGCACCAGCACACCGACCACCACUGCUGCGGCUGCAGCCUCCGGGGUCACGUCCACCCCAACGCCCGCCUCUCUUCCACAGCAGCAGUCUGGUGUCGCCGCAGCCGGUCAGACCUCCGGAUCCAGCAGCAGCAGCAGCAGGACUGCGAGCGGUGGAUCUGCGGCGGCCGAAACCCCCAUGGAGGUGGACCAGCCAACUCUGACCAGCGUUCAGCAGGGGGUGGCCGCGCUCAAGCAGGCAUCGCUGGACAUGCAAGGAGCGGGUAGCAGCAAAGCUGACGAGCCUGAAGACAAUGAGCCCCGUCUGAGCAGUCAGCUGGCUCUGGACGAGCUGUGGGACACCCUGAGCGCCUGCCUGACGGACUUGUCUCAGACCCCCGAUCACCACUCCGUGCUGGUCCUUCAGCCAGCCGUGGAGGCCUUCUUCCUGGUCCACGCCUCGGAGAAGGAUGGCGCCAGGGACGCCUUGGCAGGCGGCAAGCCCCCGCUGGCCAGGGACGGCAGCCUGUCACAGCCUGUGCCGGACUCGGCGCCGCUCUCCCCCAUGCCGCUGUCCGCGGGCGGCCUGACCACCAGCGGGGCGGGGUCGUUCUUUGCCCGGGAGAGUUCGGUCACCUCCAUCGUUACAACCAACAUGCCGCUUGACACCCAAAAGUUCCUCAGCUUUGCCGAGAUGCACCGUAACGUGCUGAACCAGAUCCUGCGCCAGUCCACCGUCCACCUAUCAGAGGGGCCCUUCUCUGUCCUGGUCAACCACGUACGCAUCCUGGACUUUGACGUCAAGCGCCGCUACUUCCGGCAGGAGCUGGAGCGGCUAGACGAAGGGGCCCGCCGGGAGGACAUGGCAGUCCACGUCCGGCGCGAGCACGUCUUUGAGGAUUCGUACCGGGAGCUGCAUCGGCGCUCGCCGGAGGAGUGGAAGAACCGCUUCUAUGUGCUCUUUGAAGGGGAAGAGGGGCAGGAUGCUGGGGGACUGCUCAGGGAGUGGUACCUCAUCAUCUCAAAGGAGAUCUUCAAUCCCAUGUACGCCCUCUUCAAGGUGUCGCCCGGCGACCGCGUCACCUACCUACCCAACCCUGCCUCCCACUGCAACUCCAACCACCUCAGCUACUUCAAGUUUGUGGGCCGCAUCAUCGCCAAGGCCAUCUACGACAACAAGCUCUUGGACUGUUACUUCUCCCGUUCCUACUACAAGCACAUCUUGGGAAAGCCAGUCAAGUACACUGACAUGGAGAGUGAGGACUACUCAUUCUACCAAGGUCUGGUUUUCCUGCUGGAGCAUUCGGUCACUGAGCUAGGCUAUGAGUUGACGUUUAGCACAGAGAUCGAGGAGUUUGGCGUGACUGAAAUCCGUGACCUGAAGCCCAACGGCCGCAACAUCCCCGUGACCGCAGAGAACAAGCUGGAGUACGUGCACCUGGUCUGCCAGAUGAAGAUGACGGGUGCCAUCCGCAAGCAGCUGGACAGCUUCCUGGAGGGCUUCUACGACAUCAUCCCCAAGCGGCUCAUCUCCAUCUUCAACGAGCAGGAGCUGGAGCUGCUGAUCUCGGGCCUGCCCACCAUUGACGUGGAUGACCUCAAGGCCAACACUGAGUAUCACAAGUACCAGGCCAACUCCUUGCAGAUCCAGUGGUUUUGGCGCGCCCUGCGCUCCUUCGACCAAGCCAUCCGCGCGAAGUUUCUCCAGUUUGUGACGGGGACCUCCAAGGUCCCCCUGCAGGGUUUUGCCUCGCUGGAGGGCAUGAACGGACCCCAGAAGUUCCAGAUUCACCGGGAUGACCGGUCCACAGACAGGUUACCCACUGCCCACACAUGCUUCAACCAGCUGGAUCUCCCAGCCUACGAGACGUACGACAAACUACGCAAGAUGUUACUGCUGGCCAUCGAGGAGUGUACAGAAGGCUUUGGCCUGGCCUGAAACCGGAGGAUAGAGAGAAAUCCCUGAGACACUAUGCUUGGAUCACCCGUGGUUUAUCCCCUUGAAGUUUUUAAGGUUUUGCUCCAUUGCCUUGGGCAUGAAAACCCUUUAAUCUGGUUUGGGGCCCUUGUGUUUGGCCAACCCCUGUUAUAAAUCCCUGUCAAUAAAAUCUACAAUCAGCACUCAGUAAUUCUCACUGCAGCCAUAUUGAAUGUCAGCAGUAUUAAAAUUUUCUCUUGAAAUGAUUGAAAACUUUUCCUUAAGACUGUUAUUCUUAAGGUCACUUUCCUUCUUGCUUUUGCGUUUUGUUUUAUGCUCUACAAAAUACAGUCUGAGCAACAGGGCACUCCAGUUGCUUUAUAGUUUGAUGGAGGAUUCAGAAAUUCCUUUUCUGAGUCAAGAAUGAUAUGGCUUCUGAUAUUAAUAAUGCUUCCUUGUAUAUAGGACUGGUUUCCCCCAGUGAGUCCUUUCUUUUGUGGUCAGUUUAUUGACAAUUCUGCAUUGUUGCGCCUCAAAGGGGGUUAGGUGACCUCAGGAAGUGGCUCUUGAGGCCACAUGAAAUACAGGCCAGACGUGGCCGCUCAGGCCUUCGAAUAGAUGUCUAGGUACUCACGUGACUUGGCUGUGCAUCAGCACUUGGCUGUGCAUUGGCACUCGGCUGUGCAUUGGCACUCAGCUGGGCAUUGGAACUUGGCUGUGCAUUGGCACUCACCUGUGCAUUGGUACUCGGCUGUGCAUUGGCACUUGGCUGUGCAUUGGCACUCGGCUAUGUAUUGUCCCAUGCUGGCUGUUGGCAGGUCCCAGUUCAAUGCCAACGCAAUGGCUUGCUGACGGGCCACUGUGGCCGCCAAAUGUAAACCAAUCUGGCUUUCUGAGCACGCAGCUACAUUAAGCAAGGUCCCGUAUCAUCCAGUAUCUCACCUGGAAAUAUGCUGUACCAAUUUUGUGUGCUCAACAAACAAGAGAUCUUCAAAAAGUAGCAGGUGACAACGUGGAAGGAUGUAUUGAACGACAUAUCUGCAAUAGCUCUUAUGCCAAAUGAGCAUUGCCUGAUCUGAUGAUGAUUCCCUUGUUGAGAGUUUUUCAAGUCAUAAAGAUCCAACCACUGUUCUUUUAGUCACAUUUCAAGUCAGAGACUGUUCCUUAGGGUCAUUCUUGUGACUUUUAACUAGGGGUUUGAUUUGGGAGUGGUUUGAUGGCAACUCUGAAGCUCUUGGCACGAGCAUUUUUUUUACACGGACCACUGAUGUUGUGCUUUGUGAAUGGGUGAUCAUUGGGAUCUAUAAACUAACCUGGAGUAGUGCCAACAUAAAGGGUACCAAAGGUUAGGAGACCAGUCCAGCAUUGUACAGAAACCCCAGAAGCAGGAAUAUUGUCAGAGAUCAAUUUUUGAGAAAGACUUUCAAUCAACUUCUCUACGUUUGAGGAGAUUCCUGACCAUCUAUUGAAUGCCUGUGAAAAUACCAUAACGUUGAUUUUUUUUCUUUUGUUUCUCGCUUUCUCUUUGGAAAAUAUCUGGGACAGUUUAUAAACCGUUUGUAGGAGUUCGGUAUGCUAAGUUUUGCAUGGAAGGAACGCAGUUGAUGGCGUUCGAAUGUUGAAAAUGGUUUUUUUGCUGAUUCCAAAUGCCAGUUUUAUAUUUCCUAAACAAGCAAUUUAAACAAGAAAGACAAGGUGCAUCAUACAUAAUUAUAUUACUUAAGUAUAAGGAAUAUACUGUUGUACCAAAACAAUUGGUAGAACUUGUUUGCUUUCACCAGUCUAGGUAUGAAUUAGUUCUGAGUGUAGGGUAGUCUUGAAAAGUAUAUUCUAGGUAUAGUCAUUAUAGAAAUGAUAUUGUAUGUUACAGAUUUAUGCAUUUAAAUAGCUUUUUGGUCAGAAGCAUGAUGACAUUCUUUGUAAAAUUCAUUAUGCUUUUGUUGGUAAAAAAUGUAUUGAAAAUAAUUUAAUCCAGCUCAAGUGAAAGGAAAGUGUUGAAGUUUUUGCUAUGCGUUUGAAUUUUUGCUAGGCGAACAUUGUCCAUCUUUUUUCUCCCGAUCCGUGGGUAUUGCAGAAACGUACUCUCAACUUUCUCUUUCGAAGACGUGAAUUUGCACACUGGGUAAUUUAUGUGUUUCUACAUCUCACUUGAAUACAACCGUCGUAGUAGAUUAUAUGCUCAGUGGAAAGUCUCGCGUUUAUGUCGUCAGUUUCGUAUGAAAUCUGUUUUAAUUUUCUGGACUUCCAUUUCUUAUUUUGAGGUAUAAUUAUUCACAGGUUCCAACUUUCCGUAGGCUUUCUUUCCUGGGCGAGAUACUGAAUGAAAGUGUAAAAAUUAAGCUGGUGGAAAGACUGCCGCUGUUGCUUCGUUUAACCCUUGACUCUAUUUACUUCCUUUUUCGAGGGAAUGGGUGUAUAAAACCGAAGAAACGUUAUCUGUAUUAAAACAGUUUGAAUUCUGUGAAUAAAAUGAUGUUCCGGAAAUUUCG